AGAAUCCAAGACUAUGGCCCCUGGUUUUCAGUCUCUCUCUCAAAAACCAACUGUUCACUCUUUACCUUUCAGCUUUACUCAACAUUUCUGCCCUUGUUCUUAUCCUUCUUCUUCUUCUGCUUCUUGUCCCCUCCCUUUUAUACCCAUUCUUUUCCUCUCCUUUUUCUUUACCAACACCAACAGGGAUGCCUACUUUCCCAUCUCUGUCUUACUUUCCUUCAACUUGUGCAAAAACCCCAGCUUGAAUUGCAAUAGAAGGAAAAGAAAGCAUUUUUUAUACUCUUUUGUCUCUCUCGUUUCCUCUGUUUUCCUCUGUUUUUCUUUGUUCAUCGCCAUUUCUUGGUUCUUUUCACUUUUUCUUCAAUACCCAGAUUUUAAUUUUUAAUUUAAAUACUUUUUUAGAAAUACCCAUAUUGAAAUUCAGUUCUUUUUUUGUCUAUGCCCCUGAUAGAGUUGAUUCAAAAUUCUAAGGGGAAAAUUUGAAGGGUAAAUGGGGAGAGCAACUUUGGCUAAUAUAAAAGGGAAAGGUUUUAGUGAAUUGGCUAAGGAAGUCAAAACAAUUUCAGAAGAUACAAAUAAAGUUUCCAAUACGAAUAAGAAUAGGAAUACUACUUCGUCAGAUAGCAGCGGAAAGAAGAACCGCCGUCGGACUAGGAAGAUGAUGAUGCCGACUGCAGUUGUGGUGUCACCGGUUCAAAGGCUUUACGAUACUUGCAAGGACGUUUUUGCCUUAUCCGGGACUGGAAUUGUCCCUAAUCGGGAUAAAAUUGAACAGCUUAGAGCUGUUUUGGAUAAAAUCCUGCCGGAAGAUGUUGGUGUUACUCCCAAAAUGCCAUUUUUUAAGCGGCAAGUAACUCAGCCAGCACCAACAAUAACAUACCUGCACAUUCUUCAGUGUGAAAAGUUUUCGAUGGGCAUCUUUUGCUUGCCACCAUCUGGUGUCAUUCCGCUUCACAAUCACCCUGGAAUGACAGUUUUCAGUAAGCUUCUCUUUGGGACUGUGCACAUCAAAUCAUAUGACUGGGUGGUUGAUGUCCCUCCGAAUGCAUCGGUUGUUGUGAAUCCUUCACAAACAGUGCAACAUCCUGAAGUCCGGUUGGCUGAGGUAAAGGUUGAUUCUUACUUCACUGCACCUUGCAACACCUCCAUACUUUAUCCAGCUGAUGGAGGCAACAUGCAUUGCUUCACAGCUGUGACAGCAUGUGCGGUGUUGGAUGUUCUAGGCCCUCCAUACUCCGAUCCGGAUGGACGGCACUGUACUUACUACUUAGACUACCCCUUCACAAAGUUCUCAGUUGAUGGAGUAACUGUACCUGAAGAGGAGAAGGAUAAGCAUGCAUGGCUUCAAGAGAGGGAGAACCUUGAGGACUUGGUUGUUGAUGGAGCACCAUACACAGGCCCUGAGAUCGUGGAAAACUGAUCUCACCCAUCUACAUCGUGUCAUGUAAUACACAUCAAUUUCUCAUCCAUGUCUUUUCAGUUCCUGCUGUGUACCAUUAGGAACUUUUAUUUCCUUCUUUUCUUUGGUUUUUUUUUUCCUCCUCUUAGUGGGACAUGGGUACUCUUUGUUUUUCUUUUUCCUUACAAUUAUGUACAUAAAAGGGAAAAAAAGAACAAAAAACCAAGAAGAAAAAGGCAAAACUUUGUAAGUGCACAGGAUGAACUAUGUAGCUCAAUGAGAAAAAUGUUAGAAGUGCACUCUUUUGUAGCACCUUUCUUUUCCAAUUCCUUUUCCUUCGUAUUUUCCCUUCUCUUGUCAAUUUUCAUGAUGUAAAAUGACUGGCUUUGAACUUGAUACA